AUGGGAACAUUCUUUAUGUUUAGCCAGAGCGUUAUGCUUUUGGCGUUAUUACUAGUAACACAAGCCCAGAAAGACAGAUUAGAAGAAAGCAAUGUACAGACGGUACCAAGCGAUUUACGAAGGGCGGCGAGCGAGGCUUUGGCUUUGGAGAGGAGGUUUCUUCAGGGCGGAAAUAUACAACAAGACUGUUCAUCCGAGGAAGACGAGUUGAGCAAUACCCCUUGCCCCCCGAGCAAGUACCGAAGCGCGAGUGGCGAAUGCAACAACGUCCGACAUCGACCAUGGGGCAGAAGGGGCGACGUCUUCUUGAGGCUACUACCUCCUAACUAUGCUGAUCGAGUGUCACAGCCGGUCUCAUCACCUCACAUCCCCGAAGCUACUUUAGCAGUGCAAGCCGUUUCACAAUUGGCACAGCCCAAGGACCACGACUAUGUCACCAGCAUGUUGGCAGCUUGGGGACAAUUCAUUAUGGACGACCUAAUUUCAACUGCUAAUGGAAACAAGAAAUGUGAAGGAUCAGCUUGUGAAUACAUUAGAUCAGCGCCGACAAGAAACUUGGACUCAUGUAACUUUGAACACCGAGAACAGAUGAAUUUGGCAACAUCAGUCCUCGACGGCUCCGCACUAUACGGAAGCUCUGAAAAGGAACUACGAUCGCUACGUCUGUACGAUGCGGGCAAAAUCGACCUUGCCUCAUGUCGAAAAUGCAAUGAUAGAUCCCCAACUGCCCCAUUAUACAAGGCCCUACUAUCAGAACAUAAUCGCAUUGCUGGGGAAUUAUACACACUCAAUCCUUUCUGGGAAGACAAUGCUUUGUUCCUGGAAAGCAGACGAGCACUUGCAGCAGUUAUACAGCACAUCACAUACAACGAAUUCUUACCAGUUUUACUGGGAGAGGUCGGAAUGGCAAAGGCCGAGUUAAAACUAACGUCUCUUGGAUUCUGGCGUGGUUACUCCAGCGCAAACCGUGCUGGAACAUACUCAGAAAUCCUUUCAGUUGCGCCAAUAUUCGAUGCCAUGAUGAACGAGAAAUUGAUCAACGCCACCAUAUCCAUUAAGGAUUUAGUUCAAACAGGCGCUCACAGCGUGUCCAAACUACCCUCCUCCGCGCAAUGGGAUGUCAAGCGUAACCGAGACCACGGAGUACCCACAUACCUGCGUGUGCUGAGGAUGUGUGAACCAAUGCUCACUGUCAAGUCAUACGCAGAUUUCGAGAAGCUGGGCUUCGGUAGAACACAACAGGAAAUUAUGGCGGACAUGUAUAGAAAUGCUGAAGACGUAGAACUCUUAGUGGGAGGAGCCAUGGAAAAACCUGCAACGGGGGCAGUCAUUGGGUCCACAUUAGCCUGUGUGCUUGCUAUGCAAUUCGCUAAUCUUAAGAAGAGUGACAGGUUCUGGUAUGAAAACGACAUACCACCAUCAUCGUUCUCCCCUGAGCAACUGGGCGCUAUGAGAAAAGUAUCAUUGGCAGGUCUUCUAUGUGCCAACGACGAGUCUCUCACGAACAUACAGCCUAAAGCUUUUGUCAAGGAAGAUCCAUUCUUAAAUGCAGCGCAGCAAUGCGCACAGCAUGGGCGUCUAGAACUAACCGCGUGGAAGGAUGAAAGCGGGGCCCGUGCUGCUGAACGACUCUCUCAAGAUACGCUAUCAGCUGCACUUGAAAAGGCUAAACAGGAAAUGGCUGAUAGAAAGAAAUUGGAGUACAUGCUCUGGGAGUCGCAGGGCGGAGCCGACCCCAAAUCACCAGUAGGAACAGCUGCGUCUUUCUCAAAAGCAAACAAAUACGCGCUUAAACUGGCGAAUACUUCCCUUUUCUUCGAAUUUGCGACGAAUGAACUUCUGAACUCUAAUGGCCGUCGUCGCAAACGUCAAAUAUUUGGUGACUCAAUCGGUUUUGGAUCGUCUAAUGAAUUCGUCGACUCUUUACAAUCAGUUGACGUUAGCAGUUUCCUGGGGCAAGACCAAUUGGGACCAGUCAUUGAACCCCAUUGUGACGACAAUGGUGCCUGUGAUGCCAACAAUCCCUUCAGAACCUAUACUGGCCACUGCAAUAACUUGAGAAACCCUAAUUUGGGCAAAAGUUUGACGACAUUCGCAAGAUUAUUACCACCCGUGUAUGAAGAUGGUGUGAGCCGACCGCGUAUCAACACAGUGACUGGUACACCACUCCCAUCUCCUCGCAUCGUCUCCACUGUGAUCCACCCGGACAUCUCCAAUCUGCACACGCGGUAUACGCUCAUGGUGAUGCAGUUCGCUCAAUUUGUCGACCACGAGCUCACCAUGACGCCUAUUCAUAAAGGUUUCCACGAAUCAAUCCCAGAUUGUCGUUCAUGUGACGCACCCAGAACAGUGCAUCCUGAAUGCAACCCAUUCCCCGUGCCACGAGGGGACCACUACUAUCCCGAAGUCAACGUCACUUCCGGCGAGAGGCUAUGUUUCCCAUUCAUGAGAAGUUUGCCUGGACAACAACAACUUGGACCCCGUGAACAAGUGAACCAGAACACAGCAUUUAUUGACGCAUCCGUCAUAUACGGAGAGAAUCCGUGUAUAGUCCGUAAACUACGUGGUUUUAAUGGUCGUCUCAACGCCACGAUUAACCCUCACAAUGGACGAGAACUGCUUCCUCGUACUGAUAGCCAUCCCGAGUGUAAAGCUCCAAGUGGCUUCUGCUUUAUUGCCGGGGAUGGUAGAGCUUCUGAACAACCCGGUCUAACAGCCCUACACACCAUCUGGAUGCGUGAACACAAUCGCAUCGUCGAAGGUCUUCGAGGUGUCAACCCACAUUGGGACGCAGACCUGCUUUUUGAAAAUGCCCGUCGAAUUGUUGCUGCUGAGUUUACACAUAUCAUUUACAAUGAAUUCCUGCCAAGAUUGCUCUCGUGGAAUGCUGUCAACUUGUAUGGACUUAAACUGCAACCUUCAGGUUACUACAAAGAAUACUCGCCCACCUGCAACCCUUCCAUCGUAAAUGAAUUUGCUGCAGCAUCAUUCCGAUUCGGUCACUCGUUGCUGAGACCGCAUCUUCCUCGGCUGUCACCUACUUAUCAGCCUGUCGACCCACCAAUCCUACUUCGUGAUGGCUUCUUCAGGCCUGAUAUGUUUAUGAAUCACCCACCCAUAGUUGACGAACUGAUGCGUGGUCUUGCAUCAACUCCAAUGGAAACGCUGGAUCAAUUUAUCACAGGCGAAGUAACCAACCACCUCUUCGAAGACAGGAAGAUUCCGUUCUCUGGAAUUGAUCUCGUUGCCCUUAACAUCCAAAGAGCCAGAGAUCACGGUUUGCCGAGUUAUAACAAUUACAGGGCUUUGUGUAAUUUGAAGAGAGCUACCACAUUUGAAGAUCUUUCUAGGGAGAUCCCUGAUGAAGUUAUUGCCAGAUUCAAGCGAAUUUACCCAACUGUUGAUGACAUCGAUCUAUUCCCUGGUGGUAUGAGUGAGAGGCCGCUACAGGGAGGUCUCGUGGGACCCACUUUUGCCUGCAUCAUAGCUAUACAAUUCCGACAACUGAGGAAAAUGUAUGAAAACGACAACGCCGCAGCCAGAUUCACAGAGCAGCAGCUCGCUGAGAUCAGGAAGUCUACUCUCUCGAAGGUUCUUUGCGAUAACUUCGAUAUUCCAACUGAUAUACAACGUGCUGCGUUCGAUUUGCCGAGCAAUUUCUUGAACCCUCGAGUCUCGUGCGCAUCUCUACCUAAGCUAGAUCUCUCAGCGUGGCGGGAAAAUUCCGCGCAAGGAUGUCUCAUUGCGGGACGCGCUGUUCCCCUCGGUGACUCAGCCUUCCCAUCUCCGUGUACUUCGUGUAUUUGUACCGCUGAAGGGGCCCAAUGCGCGUCCCUCCGUAUAACCGACUGCGCGCAGUUAUCCCGGGAAUGGCCGCGUGAAGCUAUCCUACGUGACGACGUGUGCACCGCGCAGUGUGGCGCAGCCCCACCAUCGCGGGCUCCACGCAGACCUAACAUAAACUUCAACUUCCCAGACUUGACCCCGUUCAUCGCCAAGUGA